GGAAAACCGAAAGUCUCUGAGGACAGACAGAGACACCUGCGAGCGUUGUGUUUGUCCCUGUAAAGCAUGGCGAGCACGUAUAGGGAUUCAGGCAGAGCAGGCCUGGAAAAUGAUGAGUUUGUGGAUAUACUGGAAGACAAGAAGCUCAGCAGUGAUCUUGGGCAUGCCUUCAGGACCUUCAGCCCAAACCCUUUCAAAGGAGCCCCGUCCUGCUCCGCGGCCGACCUCCACAAAGCCGUGCUGGAGUCCCAGUAUCUACGCUACAUGGCCAAGGAGAUUGCCAUGGAGACGGGGUCAUCGCUGGAGGAGGUGAGAGAGGAGGCUUGUGGGAUUUUGGAGGAAAUGUCCCAGAACCUGCAGAUGGGGUUCAUCCGGCUGAUGGCCUACAUGCUCACCAAGGUGUUGAAGAGACUCUUCACCCACAUCUACGUCAACAUGGAAGGACUCAACGCGCUCCAACAAGCUGUUCAGGAGAGUCCUGUGAUCCUGAUGCCCAAUCACAGGAGCUAUAUGGACUUCUUGGUUAUCUCCUACAUCCUGUUCACCUACGACAUCCCAGUGCCUGUUAUUGCUGCAGGAAUUCCUCUAGCAGGGAUGAAGAUGGUCGGAGAGAUGAUGCGUCGGUCGGGAGCUUUCUUUAUCCGACGUGCCAUCGGCUCUGACAAACUGUACUGGGCAGUGCUGUCAGAAUACGUCAAAACCAUUGUCAAAAAAGGAUUUGCACCUUUGGAGUUUUAUGUGGAAGGCCUGCGAAGUCGCACACUGAAGUCCCUGAAUCCUAAGUUAGGUAUGAUGCACAUGGUGCUGGAGCCCUUCUUUAAAGGUGAGGUGUAUGACAUCACAUUGAUCCCCAUCAGUAUCAGCUACGACCGAGUGCUGGAGGAGUCGCUGCUCGCCCACGAGUUACUGGGAGCCCCCAAACCCAAAGAAAGCACCACGGGUCUGCUGAAGGCUAGCAAAGUGCUCCAGGAAGAUUACGGCAGCAUGCACGUGAACUUUGGCCGUCCCAUGUCAGUCCGAGACUUGUGCCAGGGCAAGAUAAACCGCUGCCAGUACAACCUCAUACCUAGAGAUCUCCCUCAGCAGCCCAGUGCAGAGGCUCAGGCCUGUGUGAGCUGGCUGGCUCAUCUGAUGGUACGAAUCCAAGAGGAGGGCUCUCUGAUCAGCCCGUGGUCUCUGAUGGCCUCCCUCUUGCUCCAGGCUCCUACCACAGUCUUAACAGAGGAGGGCCUGCCGUGGCAUCAGCUCACAGAAAGAACCCUCUGGCUCAGGAAGCUGGCGCUGGACUUUGGGGCUCGCCUGAACUGGCCUGGACAAGUCCCUGACCUGGAUGUGAUGUCCUCCGCCGUGGCUCUUCAUCACUCCAUAGUUUGCCGUAAAGCGGGGCGUGUCUACCUGGUCCAGGAGGAAGAGCUUCAGAGGAAACAUCCCAUCAACCCAGAGGAGGAUAUGAUCAAGACGGCGGCGACGGUGCUGAUGCUGGCUUCCUACAGGAAUCAGUCCCUGCAUAUUUUUGUGCGUCCUGCCCUGCUCGCAACGGCAAUAAACGUCACAAAGACAGCGCAGAGAGACGACCUCUUCGCCUUCUUCUGCUUCCUACGAGACGUCUUGUCCAACGAAUUCAUCUUCAUCCCCGGAAAGUCGUCUCAGGAUUUUGAGGAGGCGUGCGUCCUCCUGAGGAAAUGUGGAGCCGUCCACAUCAGUGAAGAGGAAGUGACGGUGUCAGACGCGGUGGAGGUGCUGUCCUUCCUGCAGGCGCUGCUACAACCCUUCAUAGACUCUUAUCAGGUGAUGUUCAGGUACCUCUGUGAAGACGGAGUUCACGUGUUUGCCGAGAAACAGUUCCUCCCUGCUGUGCGAAACCUGGCUACAAAGCUCAUCCUCUCAGGUGAGCUUCACACCUAUGAAGCCCUUUCGUCCGACAUGCAGAAGAACCUUUUGUCGGCCCUGCGGAGGCUGGAGACUGUGACCAAGUUGAAGGCGUCGGAGCAGAAUGAAUACAGACUGAACAAGGAAGCUGUCAGAAGAAUCGAUGGCAUAUUUUCCGGGAAAAUCCCUCCCCGGAUGCUCCAGACUACACCUGACGCUAAACUUUAGCCUCCGUUGGAACUGUUCCAGCUCAACGUCCUGUUAACCCUUACUUGACCCUUUCCUCUUCUCCUUCCCUCCGUGCCUUUUAUAUGCAGCCGUCGGUAGAAUUGCUUCACCUUAACUCUGCAUCCUCCAUACCAGUGGUCAGACCUGACCCCGGCAGCGUUCCACUCUUGGAACGUUUGCUACCUCCCCCACUCUCUGUGUCCUUGUUGUCAUCAAUGACCGAAGAGAACGCUACAAAGACCUGAUAUGGUGACCCAAGGGCGACAGUAUUGCUGAUUUCGUUUGAAGUCUAUAAUCAGAGUUAGUUGAUGAUGAAGAACGGCAUACAUACUGUAUGACUGAUGCACUAGUGAUUCCUGUGGAUCAACAUACUGAACUAUAACUGUAUUUUAAUCAGUUGCAUUGUAUUAGUAUGUUUUUUGUCCUGUAGAUAUAUUGUUGAUUGACAAGACUGACAUGUCUAAAUGAGGAAAAUGAACAGUAUAGCACUAUAAAUUAAACUUGAUUGCUGGCAUAGUAAGUGUAAUUAUUAGAUAGUAAAAACCAAAUUAUGACAGUUGAUUGUAUAAACAUUACUGUACAAAUAAAAAAUCUUAGUACUGUACCAUUAACAAUGCCAAAUAUCGUAACCCAUUAAAUGUUUUGUUUUAGACUUUUAUUUUAAGUUGGUUACAUCUCAAUAAAU